GCUGUAUGAAAACUGCACUGGGAGCCAAUCAACCGGUUUGGGGCAGCUACUCAGCAGAUUGCGCACGCCUGGUGUUCCGCGAUAUUCACGAAACCGGCCGCGCCAGUUUUCGGCCGUGGAGCUGUGCCGCGAGCCGCCGUGACGCUGAGCCUGGCCGUCGGCAGCCGAGGGACGCUUAAAGAGACCACGGCGAAGUCAUAGUUGGGCACCAGAGAAAGACACCAACGGACGGGGAGCCAUGUCUUCGACGGCGUGCCGGUAGCGAACGCCUGAAGGUAACGCGCUCGUCUGUGGCGCUAGGAAGUCCGCACAUUAACGUUUUAUGCCAGGGCUUCGCGUGCUAGCUUGCUAGACGGCUAGCUUGGAGCUAAGCGGUAGGAGAUCCAGCCUGCCUUGUUGAUAUCCGGUACAUCCUACCAUCCAUGAACUGUUUCACCCAUUGAUGUUUUGUUCCGCUCAGCGUUGCCUUGUCUGCUGUGGCCCUGCAACAUGGAGAAUGUCCACUGUGUCACUAAAGGCUGACCAGAAAGAAUGAGGCACUCCAGGAGAUGUUCCCAAGUGGCCUCGUGGAUGCAGUAGCUGGUUUUUGGAGUGCUUUUUUUUAAUGACUAGUAUUGUAUGUGUGUCUGUGGGCACAUGCUAGCACAACCUGCUUGGAGAACACACACAAGAAAGGAACCCCUCUGGUAACAAGAAACACGAAGAGAAAAGGGAAGCACUCUGCUUAAGAGCUGUCAAAUUCAAACACAGGUCGCUUCAGCUGUAGUUUCAGCACAUUUAGUGUCUUCUGAUCCAUUGCACAAUUUAACAGCAACACCUUUCCUCUGUCCUGUGAGAUUUGCUUCCCUCCCCCUCCCUAAAGCAUCCUCUUCUUGUCGUUGUUGGAGUUUCUAUGGUUUGCAUGGCUGGAGAAUAACCGUGGAGAGGCCAGGGUAUCACAAGCUUAUGGAUUUUGACAAGAGAGGGGGAAAGGGAGAGACAGAGGAAGGGAAAAAGAUGUCUAAGACAGCAGGCAGCAGAACUGGACAUGGGGGCCGGAGUUCAGGGACCAAUUCUGGAGUUCUUAUGGUUGGCCCAAACUUCCGUGUGGGUAAAAAAAUCGGCUGUGGGAACUUUGGAGAGCUGCGGCUGGGAAAAAAUCUCUAUACUAAUGAAUAUGUGGCCAUCAAAUUGGAACCUAUAAAGUCCAGGGCGCCACAGCUCCAUUUGGAGUAUAGAUUUUACAAACAGUUGGGAAAUUCAGAGGGAAUCCCUCAGGUGUACUACUUUGGUCCUUGUGGGAAAUACAAUGCCAUGGUGCUAGAGCUGCUCGGGCCCAGUCUAGAGGACCUCUUUGAUCUCUGUGACCGCACCUUCUCCCUCAAGACCGUCCUCAUGAUAGCCAUACAGCUGAUAACGCGGAUGGAGUAUGUCCACAACAAGAGUCUGAUAUACAGAGAUGUGAAACCAGAGAACUUCCUUGUGGGACGGCCAGGAAGCAAGAGGCAGCACACCAUCCACAUCAUUGACUUUGGUCUGGCCAAAGAGUACAUAGACCCCGAGACCAAAAAACACAUCCCCUACCGGGAGCACAAGAGUCUGACUGGGACGGCGCGCUACAUGAGCAUAAACACACACCUGGGCAAGGAGCAAUCCCGAAGGGAUGAUUUGGAGGCGCUCGGUCACAUGUUCAUGUACUUCCUCCGAGGCAGCCUACCUUGGCAGGGCCUGAAGGCGGACACUUUAAAAGAGAGAUAUCAGAAAAUUGGUGACACCAAGCGAGCGACAGCGAUCGAAGUGCUUUGCGAAAGCUUUCCUGAAGAGAUGGCCACUUAUCUGCGCUAUGUGAGGAGGCUUGACUUCUUUGAGAAGCCUGAUUAUGACUACUUGAGGAAGCUCUUCACCGACCUGUUCGAUAGGAACGGCUAUGUGUUUGACUAUGAGUAUGACUGGGUCGGCAAAUCGCUUCCCACACCAAUAGGUCCUAUCCCCAGUGACACGCCGAUGCAGCCCAGCAGCAAAGACAAAGCACAACCGCAGAACAAAAACCCGUCGCCUGAGCCCAAAGGAAGUGAGUUUCAGCCCACUCCCGUGACCAAUAAGGAGACUUUGGGGUCGCACCUCACAGCUGAGCGGCUGGGGGGCUCUGUUCAGGUAAUGAGCUCCACAAACGGUGAACUGAACACUGACGAUCCCACAGCUGGACACUCCAACGCUCCCAUCACUGCUCCCACCGAGGUUGAAGUGGCUGAUGAAACUAAGUGCUGUUGUUUCUUCAAAAGGAGAAAGAGGAAAGCUCUCCAGAGGCACAAGUGAAAGAAGAAACAGAGCGAACUUGAAACAUUGUGGUCACUGUUAAGUUUUAAAUGGAAGCAACUACACAGAAACCCCACCCCCACCCCUCUCCCCCUUCCAGCCCCACCCCCUCACCCCUUUACCUCCCCAUCACCAUCCUGCCCCCCCUCCCUGCGCUCUCUCUUUCUCGUUCUCGGUCCUCCUCGGCUGCUGGCGAGUUAAAGGAACGUUGCGGACAACAGACUCUUGAUUCCUUUAUCAACGAAAACUAAACGUACCUGCAUUACAAUGGGGUGGCUUGAGAAAAAGUAAAAAAGCUAUAACAAUGAAAACUUGUGGCGUGAAUAUGAAAAAAAGAUACUGUUUGAAACAGUUGUUGUAUCUAGAUUCCAUAAAGAACGUGUAUUGUUCCCACAGUCAGCUGUUGAUCAGGGGGAACCAUCCAGGUGGUUUGAGUCAAAGAAAUCUGCUCCUUAGGAAAUUGUUAAUUUUUGUUUUCUUCUCUUCCUUUGGUGUGUGUUUUGGGAUCAAAGUAAAGAGGAAAUGGUGAACAAUGCUGAUGUUAAUUCUGGACGACACAGGAAGCAUUUCAUCUCUAAAACAGCAUUUGGAGGACUUUUAUGAUUUUUGUUUUCUCUUUUUGUAAUUGAAUCCUCAGUUUUCAGAGUCAAAUUCCUGCAUUGAAAACUUUAUUUUUAUGUUGUAGUGUAUUGGAGUUCAAUAUUUUUCCUCACUCUGGCUUUCUUUUUGUCUGUCAACGUGGACUUUGUAGCACAGUCACUGGCCUCAGGUACUGUGGAAGAUUGAGAGAAACAGAUAUUAAGCUCUCUUAUUAUCAUUGCACUUUUAAAAAAAAGAGAAUAAUUACAGUGGUAAACGUUUAGGUUUGAAAUUAACAAUUAAGAAAACAACUUAAUAAAGACUGAUCUAGGAAGAGUCCUUCACAACGCUUAUAUCUGAGUUAUGGCCAAGAUGUCCAUUUACGUGGGGGAAAAAAGAUAUGUCUUUCAAUUUUUAUUUCUUACAUCAGAAUAAUUUACCAGGAAAUCAUAGUUUGUGCCUUUCUAAGUAAAAUGUUUAAAGCUCAA